AUGUCCGUUGCUUUCUUCUUCGAAGCGAAUUACGGCCUUGUCAAGUCAACCGAGGAUAAAGAAUCGCGAGGAAUACGUGAUGUGCAUAAAAAUGGAGUAGAUGUGGAUCGUCGAACUGUUUACAACAUGUUGGAGUCGAAAUUCCAAGAUUUCGGUUUGCCAGGAAGUACAUGCCUACUUCGUUUUAUCUGCGAGACAGCGCAGUGGAACAUUUUGGGACAUAAUGGACUGAUCGGUGAUCUUCUGAAGAUUUUAUUGACGCCAUCCUCAUCGGCUGACGAGGGCUUACCAGUGGAGUACACGCUGGCUGAGAGGCAAGCGGAUGAUUGUGGCACAACUUACUCCCUCUGUCCCGUUGGAAUUUAUGAGUACAUAACUUCAACUGAGGAGUGA